AAUUUUCCAAAUGAAAGCCCAUAUAUAAUGGACAGUGGCGUUGCCGCCUGUAUUAGGGUUUUUGCUCUGUAAACCUCUCUCGUCAUUGCAUAAUCGGGUAGCCCCUCGUUCCUCAACCAUGGCUGAACAGACGGAGAAGGCAUUUUUGAAGCAGCCAAAGGUGUUUCUAAGCUCUAAGAAAACUGGAAAAGGUAAGAGGCCUGGAAAGGGCGGGAAUCGCUUCUGGAAGAGCAUUGGGUUGGGCUUUAAGACACCCAGAGAGGCAAUUGAAGGAACAUAUAUUGAUAAAAAAUGCCCAUUUACUGGCACCGUUUCUAUCAGAGGCCGUAUCCUUGCUGGCACUUGCCACAGUGCAAAAAUGAUGAGGACCAUUAUUGUACGAAGGAACUAUCUUCACUACAUCAAGAAAUACCAAAGAUAUGAAAAGAGGCACUCUAACAUCCCAGCUCAUAUUUCCCCCUGCUUUCGUGUUAAAGAAGGAGAUCAUGUUAUAAUCGGGCAAUGCAGGCCUUUGUCAAAGACAGUGAGGUUCAAUGUCUUAAAGGUUAUUCCAGCUGGGUCUUCUGGAGGUGGGAAGAAGGCUUUUACAGCCAUGUGAGAGAUGUACUUUUGAAAUGCAAAAUUGUAGUGUCGGUGUCCAGAUGUAUUCACUACAUGAACUUUGGUUGAUUUUGCUUCAGUUGUUUAUGUUGAUGGAAACAUUUGUUGGGCUGGAAAUCUCCAUUAUUACAAUUUUGAGGAUCUACUAAGUGUUACUUUUUCAAAUUGUGUUUUAAUGUCAAUUCUUUUGAGUAGAAAACAUAAAA